AUGGGAGCGACACAAUCGUCGAUUCAGCCUCACAUCUUGCAAACCGAGAGAGGGAAACUCCGAGGCCUGGAGUUCACUGCUGCUCAAACCGGCGAGCCUGUAUACCGUCGAUACACCCGCGUGCCAUACGCACAGCCGCCAGUGGGAGACCUCAGAUGGCGCCGGCCUCAGCCACUGCCAGAGCGAUGGUCAUUUAACGACACGAGCGGCGCUCCAGGGGACUACACACAGUUUGGCCCUGUAUGUCCGCAGCCGACAAGCAGCCACACCCUUGCCCUCGUGGACAAUAAAUCCGCUGCGCCGCCAAUAUCCAACGUCGAGGACGAAGACUGUCUGUACCUGAACAUCUGGGUGCCGGCAGGAAAGCCGCCAGAAGGAGGUUGGCCGGUGCAAUUCCAGAUUCAUGGCGGAUGGUUGCAGGUCGGCAACGCUUCCCAGACCCACGACCACGACCCAUUUGAUCUGUUCGUGCAUUCCCGGCCGAGGAUUGUUGUGGCGCCCACCUACCGGUUGAACGUCUUUGGCUUUCUCGCAGGCCGCGAUCUGAGCGCGGCGAUUCCUGAAGCAAUGUCGGGGAACUUUGGCCUCUGGGACCAGCGUGCGGCUCUGGAAUGGACCCACGCCAAUAUCUCCCUGUUCUCGGGGGAUCCGGACAACAUCGCCGUCGGUGGCCUUUCGGCAGGGUCGUACUCGGCUCUCCUCCAGCUGCACCACGACACCUACCUACCUGCCGAUCGUCGGAUCAUCAAGCGUGUCUAUCUGUGGUCCAACGCCAUCGCAAUCCAGCCUCACUCGACCAACUCGACCUUUCUGACCGAGCAAUUCGCCUCGCUCUGCCGAGUGCACGAUAUCUCCCUGGGCCUUUCAGCGCCCGAGAAAGUGGCUCUGCUCCGUCGGAUUCCUGCCGCAGAGUUGAUCGCCAGCUUCUCCCGUCUCAAAUACCAUACAUUUCGGGCCUCGACCGACGACGCGUUCGUCAGCUCCACGUUCCUCUCUUCCCUCCACUCGGGCCGUUUCACUUCGAAGCUGGCCGAGCACGACGUCUCGAUCGUCCUAGGCGACGUCCUCGACGAGCAUGCCCUCUACGCGCUCUCGAAACCGGUCACGGACUUUUCGGACCUGGUUGUGCAGUUGGAAAACUACUAUCCGCACGCCGUGGCGCGGGCCUUGGUCAGAGCGCACGGUGUUUCGGAGGAGACGCAUCGUUCGGAUUCGGCCGCCUGGACAGAGGCCUUUGGCCGCAUGGUCGCCGACGGACAGGUCCACGCUUCCGUUCGAGGCUUGACGCAUCUGCUGCUUCACCCGCCGGCGCCCCAUUCCGGUCUGCCCGCGUCGAAUGUCCACAGGUACAGGAUCGAAUACCGCUGGAAAGACUCCGGGCGCUGGAUUCGGCCCGGUCUCAGCGUCUGCCACGCUUCAGACAUACCGAUCUGGUGGGCGUCCGGAUUCCGAGCGGGCUUUUCUCCCGAGGAACGAGCCGCGGCUCUACAAUUUCUGGAGCCCUUUGAUCGAUUUUUGUACGGCGAGGAGGACGUACGAUGGGGCGGAGCGGGCGGAGAGGAUCGAGUGCGGCUUUUGGACAGACGAGGCCACGUCGUCGAAGGAUCUACGGAUCGGGACUGGGCUCGAGGGCUGGCAGUGUGGGAAGCCAUCUGGAAUGCUCAAAAGGAACAGGUGGCGAGCUAA